CGAGCCGAGGCGGCCGGGGCAGCGCGCACAGGGUGUCCACAUUGUUUGUCCACCUCGGGGCAUGGCGGGGCUGCGGUCCGCGGUGCUGAUCCUCGCGACCAUGCCCUUGCUGUCUUCGCCCUUCCACGACCAGGAGGUCAUCAAGUGGGAGAUGGUGGACGGCUGGGCGAAGAAGCUCGGGGUGGAGCUGUGGCACUGCGGAGGCUACGUCACGCGCCGCGACGAGAUGCUCCAGAACUACAAGGAGGCCAGUGUCAUGGAGAGGAACGGCAAGGCGCUGGUGCUGGAGAUAGCGAGGGAGAUCAAGAACAUGACGGAUCUGAAGAUCAGCGCAGUCAAGCGCAUCAUGGACACGGUGGAGAACUCGGCCAUGGUGCACCAGACGGACAACGUGACCGAGUACCGCUACUUUAACGUGAAGCACCUGAAGACGCCCGACGAGCCGGCAGACCCGGACUGCGACGAGGACCUGGAGAUGGUGCUGACCCCUGACGCGCACUUCAGCGGCGUGCCCGUCAACACCAGCUACAGCGCCGUGCACGUGCCCACCAACGUCUACGGCGGAGCUCCGGACAUCCUCAGAGCCAUCAAGUGGUCCAGCACCUUGGACCAGAUAUUCACCAACAACUACGCGGCCGACCCGUCGCUGUCAUGGCAGUACUUCGGCAGCACUACGGGCUUCAUGAGGCAGUACCCAGCCAUGAAGUGGAAGAACGACUCGGUGGACAUGUACGACUGCCGCACGAGGUCGUGGUUCAUCGAGGCGGCCACCAGCCCCAAGGACGUCAUCGUGCUGGUGGACACGUCGGGCUCCAUGACGGGCAUGCGGCGGGAGAUAGCCCGCCACGUCGUCAACAACAUCCUCGACACCCUCGGCAACAACGACUUCGUCAACGUGUACAACUUCUCCGACGAGAUAUCCCGGGUGGUGCCGUGCUACGAGGACAACCUGGUGCAGGCUAACCUGCUGAACAUAAGGGAACUGAAGCAGGGAAUGAAGGACUUGUACACAGAGAAGAUCGCCAAUUUCUCAGCCGUGCUGACCAAGGCGUUCCAGAUUCUUGAAGAAAUGCGGGCGGAGCGGAAAGGGGCGUGCUGCAACCAGGCCAUCAUGCUCGUCACGGACGGAGUGCCCUACAACUACAAGGAGAUCUUCGAGGAGUACAACUGGCGCGACCUGCCCCACAUGCCGGUGCGGGUAUUCACGUACCUGAUCGGGCGCGAGGUGCCCGACGUGAGGGAGGUGCGCUGGAUGGCGUGCGCAAACAUGGGCUUCUACGUGCACCUCAGCACGCUGGCCGAGGUGCGGGAGCAGGUGCUGCAGUACAUCCCGGUGAUGGCGCGCCCCAUGGUGCUCUGGAGGAACGAGCACCCCAUCGUGUGGACCUCCGUCUACGCCGACAUCACGGACCCCAAGAUGACGGACUGGCUGUGGGAGGAGAAGGAGAGCGAGGAGCAGCGCCAGCGCUUCCUGGGCUUCCAGUCGGGCCGGUCCGUGUACGAGGAGCUCGACAGCAAGUUCGUGCAGAAGGACAUUGACGACAGCUCAAGCGAACUGGGUAGAUACCAACUAAUGACAUCUGUUUCCAUGCCAGUUUUUGACCGGCGAGAGAAUGCGAGCAAGAUUGCCAACUUGCUGGGUGUGGCUGGUACAGAUGUCCCCAUACAGGAUAUAAAGAAACUUCUCAUGCCUCAUAGGUUGGGAGUUGGUGGUUACGCCUUUAUCGUUACGAACAAUGGCUUCAUUCUGACACAUCCAGAUCUCCGCCCAGUGUUCCAGGGCAUCUUGAAGCCGGCGUACAACGCCGUGGACAUGGUGGAGGUGGAGCUGGUGGACGAAGGCACUCACGACACCAGGUACGAGAGCAGUCCUCGCUACAUCGCUCCGGAGAUGCUCAAGUUAAGAGAGGCCAUAGUCAACCAGUCAACCGAUAGUGCGGUCAUCAAUGUGAAAUAUCACUAUGACCAUAUGAGGCGGGUGAGCACGGUGCGAAGACAUUACUUCUUCACGGGCAUCGAAGGGACGCCUUUCACGCUGGUACUGACCUUGCCUGAGCCUUACGGUCUGUUCAGGGUGCACAAACACGAGGAACCUCACCUUCUUCGCAACCAAGGAUAUAGCGUGACAAAAUAUUUCCAAGGAAAAAAUUGGAAAAUACACCCUGAUUGGACGUACUGCUACUACCACUACGAGACGGAGCAUCCCUUCGACUCCCCCGAGGACCAGUUGUACCACUUCCUGCAGCGCACGCAGCAGCCCAAGUGGCAGUGGAAGUCCAAGAGGACCGUGUCGCCCCCGGAGCACGCCAGCCAGUGUGAUCGCGAGCUGUUCCUGUCGCUGGUGUUCGAUGCCAAGGCCACGGAGUGGUUCUCCAAGAACCUGAGCACCUCCUCCAAGGACGACUCUAAGCAACAGUUCAAGCAGCGGUUCGGGAUCACCAUCACCUUCGUCGCCACGAGGAGCGGGCUGACGCGGUGGCAGGACAUGCCCGAGAUGGAGGACAAGGCCAGAGAACCCCACUUCAGCAAGACCAACAACAAGGCCAUCGACGAGGUGUGGUACAAGCGCGCGGUCGAGCAGCACGAGAUGGAGCCCGAGAGCUUCGUCUUCUCCGUGCCGUUCAACUCUGGCGAGAAGAGCGACCCGCUCGUGACGGCCAGCAACGCCAUCUUCGUGACGUCGGGCGCCCACAGCGCCCCGGCCGCCGUCGUGGGCUUCCAGUUCCAGCACGCCGCCCUGCGCACGCUCUUCAAGAACAUCACCCACUCGUGCGGCGUGGGGAACGGCUGCAGCAAGACGUGCUCGUCGGACGACCUGGACUGCUUCGUGCUGGACAACAACGGCUUCGUGGUGGUGUCGGAGGAGCCGCGCCACACGGGCCAGUUCUUCGGCGAGGUGCACAGCCACGUGAUGGAGAAGCUGGUGGAGGAGCGCGUGUACCAGCGCACGCACGUCUUCGACUACCAGGCCGUGUGCUUCCGCGGCACCGACGAGGACAACGCCGCCUCGCUGCUCAUGACGCCGCUGAGGCACCUGCGCUGGCUGGCGGAGUGGGCGCUGGCCAGCACCAUGUGGGCUCUGGCACGGACCAGCGCGCUGCACCUGUGGCUGCCCGACAGCGCCUUCGCGUCCGAGGACGAUCACACGUACGUGGACAGCCCUGACGAGGAGGAGGGGGAGGAGGAGGUGGAGGGGGAGAAGGACGGGCUGGCCAAGGCGGCGCGCCCCACGUUCCCGCCCAUGGACAAGGUGAAGAUCAACCGCACGCGGCCCGACGCCUGCGACAAGGAGUUCAACCUGUACCGGCUGGCCCCCCGGCGCGGCGACCAGCAGCAGAGUCCGUACGCCCGGCCCCACAACGCCUGCUCCAGGCCGUUUGUGGUGCAGAGCAUCCCUCACAGCAACCUGGUCCUGGUGGUGGUGGACAGCCUGUGCAAGGCGGACUACGAGAAGCUCACCAUCAGCCCCUCGGAGGUGGUGUACGACAACAACACUCUCUCCUGCUACAAGGUGUACGGCUUCAACCUGCACCGCACUCGCCCGCCGUCCUGCAUCAACAACCACACCAGGGAGAGCGAGAUCAAGGACCAGUGCGGAGGGAGCUCGGCCGUCCACACCAGCGUCCUGCUGCUUCUGCCGAGCUGGGGCUUCGCGUACUUCGUCCUGAGCUGAGACCCGCCCGCCACCGUCACCCUUCACCCUUCGUCUCGACUGUGAUAACUGUGCUUGGUUUUUGUGAACAGUUCACGGUGGCUCUUCUGGGCACGGCCUUGUCGGGAAAUUAGCUGACGUUCGAGGGGUCUCCGGAACUUGGCAGCAGGGUGUGUGCAGGUCGAAAAUGAAAGACCGGGGAAAAAAGUUAGGCAGCUGUGAAGGACUGGUCUCAAAAGUUACAAAAAAUAUCCCUAGAUAAGCAGUGAUGGUGCUACGGAAAUCAAAAAAAAAACUUUGGUAAUUUCCAGCAGACUUUUGCUAAGUUCCUUUUUUUUGUUUAUACCUCGCUUCACUUUAUAGUUGCGUGUGGUAAUUACCUCUAAAAAAACAUCUAGCUUUCUAACGUAAAACAAAUCGGUACGUUCCUGUGAAUUGUUGCUUUUUUAUUUUGUUUAUACAUCUAGAUUUAAAAAUCACCCUUUGAUAAAAAAAAAAUUUGUAGCAUAAUUCUAUAAAAACGUUCUGAAAAAGUCCUGAAAUUGGUUCAGGUAGGUAUUCGUAGACACCCUGAGUAGUCAAGAAUUUUGCAGCUUAAGUUAGCUACAAAUUUCACCGCUGACAUGUCUAAAUUUUUAUGUGGUGUGGCAAACUAAAACUCUAAAAUUCUUAUCUUUCAUCACUUUGGUCUGGAGCACCCCAUUUAGUCUAUAUAAGUUAAGAAUUUGAAAUAUCUCGAUUUUUCUAAGUACACACUUUCAUGCAAGUUAAUGUUUCAAAAUUUAAUCAACUUUAAUACAUGCAUGCUCGAAAAUAUGACUUUUAAGUAAGUCACUCUAUUGAAGGAGAGAGAUUCAACGAAACAUUAAGUUGAUUACUUUGUAUGAAAUUUAUAAACAUAUUGUAUAUACUAGAACUGUGUUUAAUUGGAUAUAUAAGAUCUGUUGUUUGUGAUAUUCAUAUUAUUGCUUUGUUAAGAAAAUAUGUAAAUAAAAUAUAUUGAUAAAGAAUUAUGAUAAAAUA